UGCAUCGUAGAAGGAGAAGAGUGGGACCAGGGACCGAAGGAAGGGACUGACGGAAAAAGGGACGGCAAAGGAGGAAGAGAAGAGAAUACACUCGGCCGACGCGGGUGCUCGUCAACGUGCUGGCUUCGAUUGAAGAAGAAGGCUACGUUUAGCAGGGAGAAGAAGAGCAGGAAGUAGAAUAACGAGAUCAAGAAGAAGAGGAAGAAAGGAGAGAAAGAGAGAGAGACGUAAAGAGAAACGGGCUGAUGGGGAGUGCUCAGAUCCUCGCAGGAAUUCCAUGAUCGAUAACGUUGGGCUCUCGGUGAUCUCGGCCCUUGUGCAGCACGUGAGAUACUCUGGAAGCUCGAGGAAGCAUGAUCUGACGACGAGGUGGUAGCAUGCGGCCACGGGACCACGCGGACAAACGAUGGAGAAUGCCGCGAUCUCUGAGGAGCCUCACGGCUGGUCUGUUCUUCUUCUUGGUGGUCACAUCCGGCCUUCAGUCGGCGGCGAUGGCGGAUAUCGCGCCACGGGACAUGACGAAAGACGUGGUGGACCUGAUGGAGGCCGCGCGGAUGCAACGGAAGCUGCUCGGAGUGACGAGCACGCAGAGCCGCUGUAGGAACGGCACGGCCGCGUACGACGUCGCGGAAACCGCGUUCCUCACGAUCAAUACCAAUACCCUGUUUCCGGUCGGCAUGCCGCGAGACUUCUCCAUCCUGGUCGUCGCGAGGCCGAGGGCCAGUUACCUCAAAUCCACGCUCUUCACCGUCUACAGCGACAACGGCGAGGACCAGUUAACUCUGUCGUUGGGACGCGACAUUAUCCUUUUAUACAACGCUGAACCGAACGGCCAUCGGAGGUCGAUUUCAUUCGGCGCCGACGUCUCCGACGGUAAAUGGCACCGGCUGGGAGUCAGCAUCAAGGGCGACGCCGUCACAAUUAUUCUCGAUUGCAACAGGCAAGUGACGAGGGAACUGCGAAGGAAUCCCGACGAGACAAUCAGCACCGCCGGCAUUGUCAUCAUCGGCCGACAACUCGUGCACGGUAAUUUAUAUCUGGGAAGCCUCGAGAUGCUGAAGAUCGCCCCAAAUCCAGACGCCGCUUAUGAGAUCUGCACUAUAUUUGCACCGGACUGCAGCCAGCAAUGGAGGCAAAGAUCGAAUCACAGUUUCUCGUCGAGUGUCAGUCGGAGCCAUGGAUCAUUCGGGACACACUCUACGUCCUCCUCUGCGCAUUAUAAGAGCUUCUCCGAGAUAACCACCGAACAGCCAAUCUUUACUUCCGCUUCUUCCGGUGGCAGUCUCUCGGCCGCCGCUGUAUCGCGUCGAGAAUCCGAGGAUCUGAACGCAACCUUUUCCAAUUACAACCGCUACAAUAGCCCUGAGACUUCCUCCGCAUCUAACAGCACAUUCGGAAGGCACAAGGAGCGCGGGAGCGCGAUAGGUGAAAGCGAAUAUGAUUACGAGGAGGAGAAUGAGGAAGACUCAGAUGAGGAUGAAAACGAGGACUUCUUCUCUCCUCGUAGUGUCGUGAAUAUAACUUACGUCCUGAGACCGACGAUGGAGACUUCCGUCAGAAAUCACACCACGGUAUCCUACGGAGCGGAGACGACGACGACGACGACAACGACCGAGAGCAUAUUCCAGACGGAAUCGAACUACGAGGAGGAUCACGGAGAACCGACAGUCGGUCCUUACGACGAGGACUCGUAUCGCAAUCAAGGAUACUACAGCACUCGCGGCCCAUCGGGACCCCAAGGAUUUCCAGGGCCUCCAGGGCCACCCGGCUCUCCGGGCAAGAAGGGUGAACCUGGCCGAGAUGGGCUGGCUGGGCUGCAAGGUGCACCCGGUCCGUCGGGCAACGUUUUCGUGAUACCGUCGUUGACUCAGGGUAACGAGAAGGGACCGGACUCUCAGGCGGAAGCGCUGAGGCAGAUGUUGUCGCAGCACAUGCUCGCGAUGAGAGGCACGGAAGGCCCGAUGGGCCUCACCGGUAUACCGGGACUUGAGGGACCGCCUGGACCUCAGGGUCAGAAAGGAGAACCCGGUGACAUCGGCGAACCAGGUCCCAGAGGGGAGAGAGGGAGUCCUGGGAAUCCUGGUAGAGAGGGUAGAAGAGGCCGUCCUGGCAGAGACGGUGAACGCGGUCUCAGUGGACCGCCGGGGAUCAAAGGCGAGCAAGGACCGAUAGGAUUGCCGGGUCUUCCUGGGGAUAAAGGUGAACGAGGACCUCCGGGAAUACCUGGGGAACCGGGGUUGCCUGGUCACGAGGGGAUGCAGGGUGAGGAUGGUCCUCCUGGUCUACCGGGUUUACCCGGUGAAUUGGGGCCAAGAGGAUUUAUCGGACCAAGAGGCUUUCCUGGAGUACCGGGUAAUCCUGGUAUUCCUGGAAACGAAGGACCGCCCGGAGCUAAAGGCAACGCUGGCCCACCGGGUCCUGCCGGUGCGCCGGGUCAACCAGGACCCAUUGGCCCAGUGGGCCCACCUGGUCCUCAGGGUCUACUAGGACCGACUGGUCUAGUCGGCCCACAAGGAAAACCCGGGAUUCCUGGUCUUUCGGGUGCGGACGGAUCUCCAGGUCUUCCUGGUAAUCCCGGGGCGCCUGGAAUGAAGGGUGAGCAGGGUCCGCCGGGUCCGCAAGGACCGAUAGGUUUUCCAGGCGUGCGUGGUGUAAAAGGCGACGAAGGGCAACGUGGUCCACCGGGUGAACGUGGCGAUAAGGGAGAGAAAGGAAUAGAGGGUGAAAAAGGUGACGGUGGAGCGAAAGGGGAGCCUGGAGUAACGGGACCCCAAGGUAUUCCAGGCCUUGAAGGAUUGGAAGGAUCGAAGGGCUUCGAAGGACCUCGUGGUGAAACUGGGCCUGCCGGUCCGAUCGGCGAAAAGGGAAAAAUCGGUGUACCUGGAUUUGCUGGUUAUCCUGGAAAUCCUGGAGAAAAGGGGGAUAAAGGCCAAUCGGGGAAGCAAGGUCCCAGCGGCGAUAAAGGCGAAAGGGGGAACAACGGAUUGCAGGGAGAACGCGGUGAAAUAGGGCCAAGGGGUUUUAGAGGAGCUCGUGGAAGGAGAGGCUCGGAAGGACUACCAGGACCGAAGGGCGACACUGGUCAACCAGGACCGCCGGGACUGCCAGGCGAGGUCGGUCCUCCGGGUGUGGAAGGUCCGCGUGGUUUCGUAGGGCCACCCGGACCUCUGGGCCUUGACGGUAAAGACGGUAUACCAGGUCCACCCGGCGAACGCGGUCCCAUUGGGGAGUCUGGGUCUUCAGGACCUCCGGGAGCUCCUGGUGUUAUCGGUCCUCAAGGACCAGCGGGAGAACCUGGCCAACCUGGCGAACCUGGAGCGCCUGGUAGCCCGGGACUUCCGGGAGAAAGUGGUCCGCCGGGUGAGCAAGGGAAAGAGGGACCGCCGGGUCCAAUCGGUUUGAUGGGACUGGUAGGACCGCCGGGUCCCGGAGGAUUACCGGGAUUUCCCGGAGAGAGAGGAUUGAGUGGUUUGCCGGGAUUAUCUGGUUUGAAAGGAGAAAUGGGGCCCGUCGGAGGUCAAGGACCGCCCGGUGAUAAGGGUGCUCAGGGUGACCCUGGCAAAGACGGUCCACCAGGACCCGAAGGCAGACAAGGACCUAAAGGUCCGCCAGGACCUAUUGGGCUUAAAGGAGAGAGGGGUGAGUCUGGAUUACCUGGGUCUACUGGUCGCGAUGGCUUGCCGGGACAAAGAGGGUUGCCGGGUCCACCUGGACCAGUCGGGGUUCCGGGAGAAGACGGUGAUAAAGGCGACGUAGGUCCACCCGGUGAGAAAGGAUUCAAAGGAUCUCAAGGAGAAAUGGGUCCUCCGGGUCCGCAAGGAAUACAAGGACCGCGCGGUGAACCUGGCUUGAUGGGUCCCGCUGGAGAGAAAGGACCACCGGGCGAAAUGGGGCGACAAGGACCCAAAGGCGAAGACGGCCCGGUCGGAGUGAUUGGUCCAGCUGGACCUAUAGGAUCGCAAGGUCUACCGGGUUUGCCGGGUGCAAAAGGUGAAGUUGGAGAUCCUGGAACGAUUGGACCGAUAGGACCGCCGGGCGUUCCAGGAGAACGGGGUCCGAGAGGAUCGAAAGGUCUUGAGGGCACGCAGGGUUCACCAGGUCUGGAAGGUCGUCAAGGAGAGAAAGGAGACAAUGGAGCGCCAGGUCUUCCUGGAGUUCCAGGAGUGGAGGGUAAACAAGGAGAGAGAGGUUUCCCCGGAGCGAAAGGUGAGGAAGGAAAAGCAGGGUCACCCGGUCCUCCUGGAAGUCGAGGAUUAAUCGGACCGGAAGGACCGAAAGGUAACGUAGGACCACCUGGUUUCCCUGGACCUCCGGGAGAACCUGGCUUCAUAGGCCCGAAAGGUGAGCCUGGGAAGGAUGGUGAGGACGGGCAAGUUGGCGACUCUGGCGCUCCAGGUGAAGCUGGACCAUCCGGCAAAGAAGGAUUACCUGGUCCCCCCGGGAAACCGGGUCCCGAAGGACCGGCAGGACUGCAAGGUAACACGGGUUUACCGGGCGAAAAGGGAGAUGUCGGUUUACCUGGGCCACCGGGACUUCAAGGACGCAUCGGUCCUCAAGGUUUACCCGGUCCCACCGGUUUGCCAGGAGUAAGAGGUUUACCAGGAGCAGCGGGGGAAAACGGACCUCCGGGCAUAGCCGGUGCUGUUGGUGUUCCGGGGAAGGCUGGGCCGGCCGGCCCGAGAGGUCCGAAAGGCGACAAAGGCCGCAGAGGCAUUAAAGGGCACCGGGGCGAAUUAGGGCACAUCGGAGUCAAAGGUGAUCAAGGAGAGGAGGGUGAGAAAGGUAUGCGCGGGCAACUCGGACCCGAAGGGCCGAAAGGAAGCCCCGGGCCGGCGGGUCCAGUUGGACCGAAGGGUAACGAUGGUCCUCCGGGCUUACCUGGUAUGGAGGGUCCAUUUGGACCGAAAGGAAACACCGGGAACGAUGGAACGAAGGGCGAUAUGGGCCCACCGGGCCCACCAGGAUCGCCCGGUCCACCAGCGGAGCAGCCUAUGAUUCCGCCGGAACUGUUGUUUGCCAGAGGUCAAUUGACCAGAAGAAGACGCGCCGUCUCGGAGAAUGAAGACGAGGAGGAAGAGGACGAUGAGAAGAGCGUGGGGCAAGGAGGGAAGGACGUUAAUCAAUCGGAGGAGGAAUUGGGCCCCGAGUUCCUGGACAUGUACAGCUCCAUUUACGCCAUGCGGCAAGAACUAGAUCGGAUGCGCAAGCCGACCGGCACCAGAGCAAAUCCGGUAAGGACGUGCAGAGAUCUGUUUUACGGGCAUCCUCACUUCAAGGAUGGUUGGUACUGGAUCGACCCGAACCUAGGCAUGCCCGACGACGCAAUCUACGUGUACUGCAACGUUUCCAGUAUGGGCGAGACCUGCGUGUUCCCCGACGUCCACAGCAGCCAGAUGCCGAACAUACCGUGGAGAAAGGAGAACAACAAGAGCGACUGGUAUUCGCGCUUACGCGGGGGAUUUCGAAUCACCUACGAGUCGAUCGGAGUGGUGCAGAUGAACUUUCUGCGCCUCCUUAGCCAAGAAGCCUACCAGAACUUCACCUAUACGUGCAUGAACAGCGUCGCCUGGCACAACAGCGACCAGCCGAGUCCGAGCUACGAUCUCUCACUGCGACUGCUCGGCGACAACGAGGACGUGUUCUCAUACAACGGCACCAAGCCGCAUGUCCUCGUGGAUGGCUGCAGGAAUCGCAAGAGCAAGGCCGAGACCGUGUUCUUGGUGCGCACCAGGAAGCCGCAGCAGUUGCCGUUGGUCGACUUUUAUCCGGUCGAUUACGGUUCGCCGCACCAGGCCUUCGGCUUCAUGGUCGGGCCGGUUUGCUUCAAAUGAAAGUCCAAGCAAAAAUCGCACGAUUAUCGCGACUGUGCGAUGAUAUGCUAGGAGGAAAAGUGUCGUUGAAUCGAUAGAAUACAUUAAUAGGAAAGAAAAAUGUUGUUGAGCCGGGAAAGUGCAUCAACGGGGAAAGAGGAAACAGCGCGCGUAAUUAGAAUAAAUCUUCUUGAAUAGCAAUGUUGAUAUUAAUACAUGUUUCGAUAACUCAAAUGUUAGUUCCAACGAUACUGAAUCAGGAAGAUUAAUUCAAAUUACGUACGUUAUUGGAAAUUCUAUUGACUCAACAUGAUCUUUUUUCCGUGUAUGAAUUAUCAUGAAUUUCAUAUACAUAUUUCAUUUCGAAUUUUUUCACACGUUUCAAAUAACGUCUAGGUUUAAAUAAAUCAAAUUAAUAAGGCGAAUCUGAGAUACUGUUAUAACGGGAGGUAUAAAGGAGAUAUGAUAGAGCAGGGAAUCGGACAGCGAACUGUCGCAUUGUCAUUGUCGUGUGUUCAGAAGAUAAUUACACUGCCAAAGAAUCAUCGUAAACAGACGUGAUGUUCGUUCUUAAUUGUUGAUCGAUUAGUUUGCGAGAGGUGCAAUUCAGUGUGAAGUUCGAUCUAGAUAUAAUUUAGAAUAAGAUAUCGUUAUUUAUAAUACGAUUAUGGUUUACAGCACGUGUAACACGUUUUAACACAUUUUGUACAGUACAGGCCGACUUUUUAAUACGUUUAUAAAUA